CAGGAAUGAAAACAAGACUAGACGUUCCUGAUGGCUUUUCCUAUGUGCUGACCUGUGUAAAAUGGCAACUGAAACAGGGAAGACGCAUGCUUCACUCCAGGCCUGUAGCACUGAAUCUCUUCUCUCCAGCCUUGGUCUGGGAAUAUUUUGCCUAGUAGCUGACAGGAUACUUCAGUUUUCCAUAAUUCAACAAAGUGACUGGAUUCGCGCCCUCUCAGACAAUGCAGUGCACUGUGUAAUUGGCAUGUGGUCCUGGGCGAUAGUCAUUGGGAUCAAGAAGAAGACUGAUGUUGGAGAAAUUGUCUUAGCUGGAUUUCUAGCCUCUGUUAUUGACAUAGACCAUUUUUUGCUAGCUAGAUCCUUGUCUUUAAAGGCUGCUCUAAGUCUUCCACGAAGACCUGUCCUUCACUGUUCCACCGUGAUACCUGUUGCCGUCCUGACCCUGAAGUUGGUUAUGCAUCUUUUGAAGCUCAAAGAUUCCUGGUGUUUUCUUCCAUGGAUGUUGUUUAUAUCCUGGGCCUCCCACCAUAUCCGAGAUGGAAUCCGUCAUGGUUUAUGGAUAUGCCCAUUUGGAAAAACCUCUCCUUUGCCAUUCUGGCUUUAUGUGAUCGCUACAUCGUGGCUACCUCAUCUCUGCUCAUUCCUCAUGUGUUUAGCAGGGACCAGACAAGUGAUGUCUUCAAAAAAUGGAAUUCGGAUUGAUGUCUGAGGUUAUCACAGGAACUCUUGAAAAGAAGCAGGGACUCAGAUGAUGAAAAGAAAAGGGUAGCCAACAUUAAAGUGAAUAU